AUGAUGGAGGGUAUUUCGCAGCUUCUGCCCGAAGCAUUCAAUGCUGGGCUGUCUCUUGUUAUGUUCCUUGUCUUUCUAGCCUACCAUCUUGGUCUCGUUGUAUACAGACUGUUCUUCGCUCCACUCGCAGGCUUUCCUGGGCCAAAGAUAGCAGCGGUCACAGGACUCUACGAGUUCUACUACGAUUAUGUGAAGAAUGGCUCGUACCUUUACCGCAUCGAGCAAAUGCAUCGAGACUAUGGCCCUAUUGUCAGAGUCAACCCUGAAGAGUUGUCCAUUGAUGACGCAGAUUUUUACAACGAGAUCUAUGUUGUGGAGAGUAAACGACGAACAGACAACUAUCAUGCCUUUGCGAAAGGAUUGGGCUUUGAUGACUCACAUUUUAUAACGGACAAGCACGACCUACAUCGCAGACGAAGAAAGCCACUAGAACCCUUCUUCUCUCGAGCAGGCGUUCGGCGACUUACUCCCAUGCUGAAUGACUGUGCCCGGCGGUUGCUCGCUCGGCUUGAGCAAUUGAAAGGAACAGAUACUAUUGUCCGUUUAGAUCAUGUAUUCGCAGCAUUGACUGGCGAUGUCAUGCGCAACAUCUGUACCGAGUCAGAUGAGAGCUAUCUUGACGACCCGAACUUUUCGCCUGAAUGGUACACCAAAGCCAACUUCCCACCGUGGCGAUUGCUCACGCGUGUCAGGUUCAAUACACUGGAGUCUAUCGCCCUCUCCAUGCCAAUUUUCGUUAAUCUACCAUUGCUUAUCAGGAUCGUCGCGCUGAUACCAAAAUCAAUCUUGUUGUGGGCAUUUCCAGGCGGAAAUGCUAUGAUGUCCAAAGCCCAUAUCUUGGAUGCAAAGCGUGCGAAAGAGCAAGCAGACGCCGGCGGCGGAGUUGCUGAGAUUCACACCUCCAUUUUCCGCCACGUCAUGAGUAGUGACAUGCCAGAAUCAGAGAAGUCAACGGAGAGAUUGUCCCGAGAAGCUCAAAUCCUACUGGGUGGCGGAUCUGUCACCACCGGUCGUCUUUUCGACUUUAUUUCCUACUACAUUAUGGCAAAUGACAACAUCAGGGGACGACUAAGCCGAGAGCUCAGACACCUUACUGCUGGCUUCCCAGAGCAGAUUCCUACCUUUGACGAGCUGGAGAAGUUGCCAUAUAUGCACGCUGUCAUUAAAGAAGGCCUCCGGCAAGCAUCUGUCGGCAUGUCCGCCUAUUUCAUGCACUCAGACCCCAAAAUCUACCCUGAGCCUGACAAGUUCAUCCCCGACCGCUGGCUUGGAGAUUACAAUCCACUGAUGGACAGGAAUUGGGUGCCCUUCACCAAAGGAUCACGGCAGUGUCUAGGGAUGCAUCUCGCCACCGCUGAACUGUACAUCGUACUUGCGUGCAUCUUCCGACCCGGCGGGCCAAAGCUCGAGCUUUUCGAGACUGAUGAGACUGACGUCAAAUUGGUGCAUGACUUCAUGCUGCCUUUGCCCAAGCUUGAUUCGAAGGGGCUGAGAGUGAUGGUGAAGUAG